AUGGAAGACGUGUCUUACUCUACGCUGACCACAGCUGAUUCUUUCAAGACUCUAGGACUCGAACCUGGCGCCACGCCGGCUGCUGUCAAAGCCGCCUACCGCAAAUUAUGUUUGAAGCAUCAUCCAGACAAGGCUCGCAACGAUCCCGGAGCCAACGCAAAGUUCGCAAAGAUCAGAGAGGCAUACGAGGUCCUCACAGGUAAGCUGGAGCCAGCUGAGAACAGGCGUCGACGCCCUGAACCCGGUAGUAGCAACAGCUACGGAGAGCGUCACGAGGAGCCGCCAUCAUAUUCGAGGCCCUCGUAUUCAAGACCCUCGUACUCCAGGCCCUCAUACGACAGGCCUCCAUCAUACGAGGAGCAGGCCGCUCCGAUGCAUUUCCCAUCGUCCAGCUGGUACCCCGAGGCGCUGCGACAAGUCCGCCGCGAGAUCCAGAAACAGCUGAGCCGCAUCCCCGAGGUGGAGCAGCAGCGCAGGGACACGAUGAAGGUGCUGGUCCAGCUGGUCCCUCCCGCCUCGGACGAGCGCAUCGGUGGGCACACCACGCGGAUACGUCAGGAUCUGGAGGAGAUCGAGGACGACCUGCAGAUGCUGAUGUGCUACGUCGAGGUCGCCCAGAUGGAGGCCGGGGCGGCGCCGAGCCGGCUGAGGUCCUUGCUCGACCAGGUCCACGAAGGCGAGCUCGAAAUCACGCGCGUGGCGACUCACCUGUCGAUGAUAAACAUGAUUGCCUGCCGAGCCAUGGACGUAGAGGACGAGGAUGACAGUAUGCAUAUGUUCCUGGAUAUGUGGAUAGAGCUCAUCCGCUUCAGGUAG